UGGGUCACGGAGUGUGAAAACCUUUUCAGGAGAUGAGUAGAGUAGUAAUAGAUGCUUACAGGACAUACCUCAGUACGAAUUUUAUGUAAAAUCUUCGGCUUGCUGUUUCAGAUUCGGGAAAGCAUAAUAAUGGUCAUUGAUGUGUCACUGUAAACAUGCUGUGCCGGACAGUGUUAAAUUAUUGAACCCAAAUCCAAAUCAACCUCAAGAUUACGAAACACGCUUCUAAUGCAGACAUGGGUUGCAUUGAUUGGCGGCACUCACUUGCGUAAACACUUGAGACAAACCCAAAUGGCUUUAAACAAGAUAACAUUAUAGUACAGCAGAACUCGAUCAUCCAUACUCCAUAGGUUGCCCCCCAGAGCAUCCUUGCUACUUUUCUCGUUGGCCCGGAUUUCCGAAAGCAAAGGAAUCCGCCCAUACUGGUACUCUCCCAAUGCCACAUCGUCACUUUCGUCACACCAUCCCAACAACCUCUCUCUCUCUCUCUGCUUACCUUCGGCCUAGUCAUAAGUUAACAUGCUCCUCAACAGUCAACACAACUUCUUUGAGUUCCACAACCUUGUGUUCCUCUAAAUUUAUUUUCACCUGAAAGCUAUAUGCUUUCAUCAACAUUUUUUGCAAUUCCUUUCUGGUUCAUCCAUGAUGCUGAACUGAAUGUCGCGGGAUUGACAAAGCGAAAAUGGAGUUUCAAGAAGGUAUGAUGAAGUUCGUCGUUCACAAGCCCGUACAACCCAAACGGGUACUAGAAAACGGCAGAGAAACGGAGACUGCCACACCCCGGCGCAAAUGGAAGAUCUUCUUUGGCAAGUUCUCAUCUUUACCUUCUUCAAAACCCUUGAACCUCAAAACAAAGCAACCCCCGAAGGAGUUUAUCUGCCCCAUUUCCGGGUCUCUCAUGGCCGACCCAGUUAUCGUCUCCUCAGGCCACACACUGGAACGCGCCUGCGUUCGAGCCUGCAAAGCCCUGGGCUUCACGCCCACCCUUGUGGGCUCGUCCACGCCCGACUUCUCCUCCGUUAUCCCCAACCUCGCCCUCAGGUCCACCAUUCUCAACUGGUGCAACAAUUUCUCUGUGGACCCUCCAAAACCCAUCGAUUCCAACACCGCGGAAAAGUUCGUUCGUGCUUUAGUUGAGGCUGAGGCCAAGAAACGAGGUUCCCAGAACGAGAACCAAGCCCAAAAGGUCAUAAUCUUAGACAAGGAGCUAAUCCAAGGGGCUCAAGAAAAUCCGAGCGUGAACUUCGGGGACGUAGCAACGGAGGUGGAUCGGUGCCGCCAGACUCACUCCUACUCGAGCUCGAACGACUCGGUCGCGACCUCCGUAUCGACCCCAUCCCUGCAACUUGCGACUCGGCCGAGCUGCUACUCGUCUUCUUCCUCAGAAAUUGAAAUCCUGGACGAUAAUUACACCGAAGAAGAGAGGGAAAUCUUUGCCAAACUCAGAAGCCCACAGGUAUUUGAGAUCGAAGAGGCCGUGAUUUCGCUGAGACAGAUCACAAGAACCAGAGAGGACACGAGAGCCCACCUAUGUACUCCUCAGUUACUCUCAACCCUCCGAUCUUUGAUCGUGUCCAGGUACUCAGCCAUUCAAGUGAACUCAGUCGCGGCGGUAGUGAACCUGUCUUUAGAGGAUGUCAAUAAAGUUAAGAUCGUACGUUCAGGAAUCGUUCCUCCUCUGAUCGAUGUUUUGAAGGGAGGAUUCCAUGAGGCGCAGGAGCACGCUUCCGGUGCACUCUUUAGUCUAGCCCUUGAUGAUGGGAAUAAGACAGCCAUUGGCGUUUUGGGUGCAUUACAGCCGUUGAUUCACAUGCUCCGGUCCCAGAGUGAGCGGACUCGGCAUGACUCGGCACUUGCCCUUUACCAUCUUUCACUCGUUCAAACCAAUCGGACUAAGUUGGUAAAACUCGGAUCGGUUCCCAUUUUAUUGGGCAUGGUGAGGUCGGGUCACAUGACAGGUCGGGUACUACUCAUUUUAUGUAACUUGGCUUUGUGUCCGGAAGGGCGGGCUGCAAUGUUGGAUGCUGGCGCGGUGGAAUGUUUGGUCGGGUUGCUGAGGGGGUCGAUGGAGUCCGAGUCAGCUCGGGAGAGUUGUGUUACCGCAUUAUAUGGGUUGAGUCAUGGUGGAUUGAGGUUCAAAGGGUUGGCCAUGGCAGUUGAACUGGCGGAAGUAAUGAAGAAGGUGGAGACAGUAGGAAGGGACCGGGCAAAGGAAAAGGCGAAAAGAAUGCUUGAGAUGAUGAAAAUGAGAGGCGGGGAAGAGGAGGAUGAAGGCAUAGAUUGGGAGGAAUUGCUUGAAUUGGGGAGUCAGACUGGGUGUUGACACCAUGGUGGAUCAGACAAGUAGGGGUUAAUUUGUCUGAGUUUUGAAGUACAGUGUUUGAAGUUAUUAUUCUUUUGGUGCCUUUUUUUCUCCUUUUUGCAUUUUUUUUUUUUUUUGGGUUCAUGUUGUAAUUACUGGUGGGGUUUUAUAUGGGUGGUUUUUGUGGUUUUGAUCUUUUGUGACUUUUUUUUUUUCACCUAAAUCAUGGGCAGUGAAGGUGUAAAUAAGAGCUUUUGUCACAGCUGAUUUUGGA